AUGCAAAGAGUCCAACAUCUUAGUGCUUAAGUCAAUAAUUGUACUCCUGUUCCAUCCAGAAGUGACAACGACGUAGUCAUUUGUGGAGCUGUUAGAACCCCUUUGACCAAAGCUAAAAGAGGAUUAUUGAGAGAUACUCCCCCUGAAAUCCUUCUUAGCACAGCCUUCACAGGUCUUUUGGAAAGAACCAAGGUUGAUCCAAAAUUGAUCCAAGACAUCGUUGUUGGUAAUGUCAAUCAACCUGGAAGUGGUGCCAUUGUAUCUAAGAUGGCUGCCUUCUUGUCUGGAUUCCCAGAUACAACUUGUUUGACAGCAAUCAAUAGAUUCUGUUCAUCAGGAAUUGAAGCAUGUGCUGUCAUUGCUGCCAAAAUUAAAUCUGGAAUGUUGGAUAUUGGUAUUGGAGCUGGAGUUGAACAAAUGACUAUGUAUGAUAUGUAAAGUCAAAUGAACGCUGAAUUACUCAGUGAUGCUAUCUUUGAUCAUCCAUGUGCAAGAGAUUGCUUAUUGGGUAUGGGAUAAACAUCUGAGAAUGUUGCAGCCCAAUUUGGAGUCACAAGAUUGUAAUAAGAUAAAUUUGCUUAUGAAUCCUAAUAAAAGGCUUACACAGCUUAAUAAGAAGGAUUAUACAAAGAUGAAAUAAUUCCAGUCAAGACCUUCAUUAAGGAUGGAGAUAAAACUAAAGAAGUCAUUGUUACAGA